CAUCGUUUUCCUGUCAAACUGGUUUGUAUCGUGACAUCACACACUGGGGCAGGACAAGUCACGUGAUCGAUUCCCCUUCACCUGCAGCACCAGAGGCGGAAGACAGGUGUAAGUAUCGGUACCAGGUUGCUUUGUAAGGGGAAAAACACGGUUUUAAAUUCACCCUGUAAGGCAAUGUAACUACCGUACCCAGUUCACUCAGGCUGCUAGAAGAACCAUCCCCAUGUCUUUUGGAAACGGGUCAGCGUCCCACUUUGAUUGGGUCCGCGAUAUGCCUCACUACGAUCAGGUGCCCAUCGGUUCACUGCCGUGGGGUCAGCAGGCCCCUUACCCACUUGGCGGUGAAGUGGCAGCAUCCAGCUAUGACAGUUUACCACCACCGCCUCUCCCCGAAAACCCUCCUGUUGGCCCAGAUUUCUACCCGAGUGAUGUUGAAGACCAGGUAGAUGAUGCCAUGGACAUCAAACCCGUCCGACGCUUCAUUCCUGACUCUGUGAAGAACUUCUUCAGAGCCAGUGGCAACCAAGGCAGCAAGAAAUGGACCUUUCCACCACCACCACCUGAUGUCAACACCACCACCGAAGGCGUCCUGUGCUCUCCUCCACACUCACGUGCACCCUCACCUACAGCCCCCAGCUCUUACCUAGACCCUUAUGGAGGGUCUGGAGGCAGCUACAAUUCAAGGAAGGAGCAGGCAACAUUAUUAGGGGAGCCGCUGGAAUCGGUUUCUGGACGCUCUUUGCAGACGGCUAUGACUUACAGCGAGAAGGUGGAGGAAUACAAUCAGCGCUAUGCGUAUAUGAAGUCCUGGGCUGGACUUUUGCGCAUUUUGGGAUGCGCAGAGUUGCUUUUGGGGGCUGCUGUUUUUGCAUGCGUCUGUGCGUACGUGCACAAAGAUAAUGAGUGGUUUAAUAUGUUUGGUUACUCCAUGCAUUCGGUGUAUGGGGGUAUGUAUGGGGGAACAUCAAUGGGUGGGAUGUAUGGAGGAACUGGAAUGUCCUACUCGGGACCCUUGACUCCUUUUGUUAUUGUGGUGGCUGGAAUGGCCUGGAUAGUGACCGUCAUUCUAGUAGUGUUAGGCAUGACCAUGUAUUAUCGUACCAUUCUACUAGACUCCAGCUGGUGGCCAAUCACAGAGAGUGUGAUAAACUUGGCGUUAGCGUUGCUCUACUUGUCAGCUGCAAUUGUGUAUGUGCGAGACACAGUCCGUGGAGGUCUCUGCUAUUAUCCACAUUUCAAUGCUGGUCCCAAUGCAGGGUUUUGCCGAACAGAGGCUGGGCAGAAUGCUGCCAUCAUCUUCCUUUUUCUCAACAUGCUGUUGUAUCUCGUGGGAGCAGGCGUGUGUCUGAAGCUGUGGAGACAUGAAGCUGCAAGGAUGCGCCGAGAGAGAAUGGGUCAAGAUAUGAAAUCAGAAGGACUUCCACUCAAUAUGAUUGGUGCCGGCUCAAGUGUCUCUGUGCCCAUCCAAACCGCUCCAGUAAUGGCCAGUUCAGAAUCUUAUGAUGGCAAACCUGUCAACCCAGUUAUGAUGGAACCAGAGAUCUUAAGGGGGCAUAUUCCUGCUGGCCACAUCCCCAAACCUGUGGUCAUUGCAGACUAUGUGGCGAAAUAUCCCACAAUCCAGUCUGAUGAGGAGAGAGAGCGAUACAAGGCUGUGUUUAAUGAUCAAUAUGCAGAAUAUAAAGAGUUGCAUGCUGAGGUUCAGGUCUUAACGCAGAAGUUUGAGGAGAUGGAUAAUCUGAUGAGGAAUCUACCACAACAGCCUUCUAGCAAAAUAGAGCAAGAGAGAAUCAAUAGCAUUAUUCAAGAUUAUAACAGAAAAAAGGCUGACCCGACAUACCAGGAGAAGAGGGAGAGAUGUGAAUAUCUGAAGAGCAAACUUGCACACAUAAAGCAGAAAAUUCAGGAGUAUGACAAAGUCAUGGACUGGAAUGAUGGUUACAGCUAAACAGAACUCCUUUAUACUUUAUUCACAGAGGUUCCCAGAAAAGAAGCAACUGGCCGAAAGAAAAUUGUCCAUGGCUAUACAUUCAGGAAUUAAUGGAGUUUUUGGUUUGGUCUUGGUUGGUAUUGAAAUAAUUUCAUAUUGAAUUCAAUAGAGCAGAAAAGUACAAUGAAGUACCACUUCAAACCCAGCACUGAAAAUGUUACCUUCUUUAUUACUGAUAUAUCAUGUGGAGCAACAUCAGCAAUGUUUUAAUCAUAUACUGUGUAUUAUAUAUGAUAUAUAUUUCUAUAUAUACACUUUUUAUUUUAGAAGUAGGUAAUUUGAAGGAAAUCACUGGAGUCUUUGAGCUUCCUGUAGUUAAGUGGAGAUAAAUAGCUCUCAAAAUGGUAUUUGUUUAAAUAGCAGUAUCUCUAUAAUGAUCCUAUUUUGCUUGGUAUAUUUAUAGUUUUCCUAGUUUCAUUUUCACUUUUUGUGUAUUUUAUACUGUACAGUCAUGUGUGAGUCAUAUGUACAUUAUUUUUUUGUAUUGCCAUGUCCAUCUACCUUCGAUUUCAUUAUUUUUUUCAUUGAUACUGGAAGUGGAUAAAAUAAACAGGCCUGCCUCUA